CAACGUCACAAGCAUUUUACGUCACGCCAUCGUCUCGUCAUUCAUCUUUUUUGCUGAAGGUGAAAAGAUUAUUUUUAUUUUUUCGGUUCCUGAAAUCGGUUCAAUUGGAGUAAAAAUAAUAGAGACUGUUUUCCCAUUAUCGAGUAAAUUAUGAGUGCUCCCGCUUUAUUCGCGUGCUCACGUUGCUUCGCCCGUUUUCCUUUCGAAGAAUUAUCCGCAGGUCAGCAGCUUUGCAAAGAAUGUCGCGGUGCGUUUCCAGUCGUCAAAUGCACGUACUGUCGUUCGGAAUUUCAGCAAACGUCCAAAGGUAACACGAGCACGAUUUGUAAAAAGUGCGAGCAAAACGUAAAGUCUUACGGCAAACCGACGGCGUGCGAGUACUGCAACAUAAUAGCGGCUUUUAUUGGCAACAAGUGCCAAAGGUGCACCAAUUCGGAAAUCAAAUACGGGCCGCCAGUUAAUUGCGAACAGUGCAAACAAAAAUGUGCUUUUGACAGGCAAGACGAUGACAAAAAGGUUGACGGAAAACUCUUAUGCUGGCUAUGCACUUUAUCAUUUAAAAGAGCCCUGGCCAAAACCAAGCAAGGCGAUGCUGAAAGGAGGGCGCACCUUAAAAGGACCGGGGUGCAUAAAAAGCACAAAGAAAAGAUGCGCGGGCAUAACAAGCGUCCCAAUCGGCCUGACGUCACGAAAAUGCCAGUUCCUGAGGAUCAACCCCCUAAUAAAAUGGCCAGGAACAAUUCAGGGCCUGGUAUGAUUCGGGCUGAAUUGGACCCAAAUAGUUCCGAUCACGUUGUGGCCAUGACGCAGCUCAGAGAAGAAAUCGCCAGCUUGAAGAAGCAGAAUGCGCAAAAGGACUCUCAGUUGCUUGUCAAAGAUAAAAUGAUAACCGAACUGAAAGCGAAACAUUUUACUGCCGAAAACGAGUCGCGCAAUCGCUUCAAAACACUGCAGAAAGAGAACGAUUUCAAGACUCAGACGAUGAACAACCGAAUAAACGGCCUUCUAAAGCAAGUCGCCAGCCUUUCGAAACAGGUCAAGAAGAAUCCAAGGGAAUCGGGAAGUUUCGGCAACACCAGCGCGGCUUCGCCCGCCGCUCAGAGUCCGGCUACCGCUUCGCCGGCCGCCGGGUCGCCGAUGCCGGCGCCGGUUGUCAAUUCUGACAAAUCUGAUACCAACAACAGUAGCGGUUCGGAUAGUCCGACUCAAUAGUUUAAUUGUAUUUGAAUGAAUCUUCGUUCACCAUCUACAAGCUGAAAAACUUCACACUGUUGCCAAAUGACUGAAAAUUAUGUGAUAUUUUUUUUGUUUACUUUUUAUUGUAUUUGUUAGGCUUUUUUUUAUAAUAAAACAUAUCAGAUUUUUGACAAACUGGUGAAAUUAUUUAGCAGUUAUUUU